GUAAUUUUGAAAUACCAAAAAUAGAAAGGAGGAAUGUAAUUUAGGACGGAGGGAGUACUACAUACUAGUAUGUUUAAUCAAUGUUAAUAAUCAUGCUUAUUUCGUCUCCAUACAUUUUAUACAGCUCUUAAACUAAUAAUAAAUGGUACUCUACUACUCUGUAAACUUUUAGAUUCAACUUUUAUCGGAGGGAAAUUGGAUAAAAAAAUUAACGUUAAAAUCAAAUUCAAAAAUAUAAGAAAACCAAUUCAUCUACCCAAUACCAUUAAUAUAACAGCGAAGGUCACAGCUACCAUACAACUACUUCUAUCUUUUCCAGAAAAACACACCUUUCAUUUAAUGUAACAUCAAUUUUGUAAAUUCCCUUAAACCCCAGAUCUUUCUUAUAUAAACCCACCAUUUUUAACAUAAAAGAUUAAACAAUUUCAAUCAUUUUCAGAUUUUUCACCACUCAAAAAAAGUGAUUAAAAAAAAAAAAAAAUUCUUUUUAGUGUGACUCAAAUUUUUAUCUAUAAAUACAUUUCCAAAACUUUAUCCAUUCACUAAAAUUUAUAUUUUCAAGAACUUCUGAGUAAUAUAUAAAGAGGUAACGUGCAUAAAUAUAUAUUUUAAAAAGAAAGUGAAAAAAUUGAGUGUUUUUUAGGAGCAGAGUAAAUAUGAGCAAAAGGGUUUUAUCCGGUGGUUUUUGUUGGUGGUUGACGGUGGUUUUGGUGGUUGUUGUUGGUGGUUUUGAUUGCGUAACGGCGUACCCGAAAGAGGAUCUUGUUGUAAAUUUACCUGGACAACCAAAGGUUGAUUUCAAGCAAUUUGCUGGGUACAUUGAUGUUGAUGUUAAAGCAGGAAGAAGCUUGUUUUAUUAUUUUGUUGAAGCUGAAAAUAAUACUCAACAUACUCCUCUUAGUCUUUGGCUUAAUGGAGGACCUGGUUGUUCAUCAAUGGGAGGUGGUGCAUUUACAGAAUUGGGACCAUUUUUUCCAAGGGGUGAUGGAAGAGGUUUAAGGGUUAAUUCAAAGUCAUGGAAUAGAGCGUCGAAUCUACUCUUUGUUGAAUCGCCUGCUGGUGUGGGAUGGUCGUAUUCAAACACAUCGUCUGAUUAUAAUACCGGGGAUGCAACCUCUGCUAAGGAUAUGCUCAAAUUUCUGGUGAAUUGGAUGGUCAAGUUUCCUGAAUUUAAAUCCAGGGAUCUGUAUCUUACUGGGGAGAGUUAUGCAGGGCACUACAUACCACAACUGGCUGUUGCUAUAUUGGAUCAUAAUGCUCAAUCAAAGGCCUCCAAGCUCAACUUGAAAGGAGUUGCUAUUGGAAAUCCACUUCUCAAACUCGAUAGAGAUGUUCCUGCAACAUACGAGUUUUACUGGUCUCAUGGAAUGAUCUCUGAUGAAAUUGGCCUUGCCAUCAUGAAUCAGUGUGAUUUUGAAGAUUAUACCUUUCCAAAUCCUCAUAACGAAACUGAUGUUUGCAACAAUGCUAUAUCAAAAGCAAAUACCAUUGUUGGCGAUUAUGUCAACGAGUAUGAUGUUAUCCUUGAUGUCUGUUAUCCAUCUAUUGUAGAGCAAGAACUGCGGUUGAAAAAAAUGGCCACUAAAAUGAGUGUUGGAGUUGAUGUUUGUAUGACUUAUGAAAGACGAUUCUAUUUCAAUCUUCCUGAAGUACAGAGAGCUCUCCACGCAAAUCGGACUAAUCUACCUUAUGAAUGGUCUAUGUGCAGUAGCAUUCUGAAUUACACUGACACUGAUGGUAGCUUGAAUAUGCUUCCUCUGCUGAAAAGGAUACUGUUGCACAAUAUUCGUGUAUGGAUCUUCAGUGGAGAUCAAGAUUCUGUUGUGCCACUGCUUGGCUCCCGUACCCUUGUUCGUGAGCUUGCUCAUGACCUCAAAUACAAUAUCACCGUCCCCUAUGCAAACUGGUUUCACAAAGGACAGGUAGGAGGUUGGACUACUGAAUAUGGAAACUUACUCACAUUUGCGACUGUGAGGGGCGCUGCACAUAUGGUACCUUAUGCACAACCAUCAAGGGCUCUGCACCUGUUCAGUUCAUUUAUACAUGAUCGAAAACUGCCAACAACAACUAAAGAAUCCAUAGAAUGAUGAGCUAGAUUGGAAACUGAUCUAGUUCUGGGUGCUCUCAAGUUGCAUCCUGCAGUUCUGCAACAUUCUACUAAGAGGGAUAGUAUUAGAUGAUUAGUGAUAAAGGAUAGAACUACUUCAAAUUUCGAAAUAAAGGAUACUUAGGAUAGUUGAAUUUUCGAUUCAUCUGCAAGAUUAAAGUGAGGGAGCAUAGAUAUCUGUUGAUUUGAGUUUCGGAAUCAGGGUCAAAGGAGCCUGAUUCCUGUGAUUUGAGAUCUGUAAGUUAGUUUGACAUUGUUUUGCAGUUUUUUUUAAUGGGAAAUAAAUUACAUGUUCAAACAUAUUUUUGCAGCAAGUCAACAAAACUCAAGGCAGGUACAUAAUAAACAACACAUUUCUUGCUGUAAUUCUUCCCUCAUCAUGUAUCAGAAGUAGUAUUUAAGUUUGUUCCAUCAUUCUAGUGAUCAAUAGCCCGCCUAGCUCAGUUGGUAGAGCGCAAUUCAGGGUAUAUCCCACCACUCUCCAUGGGUGGUAAGCAAUAUAAAAUCAAUGGGUAGUUGUGGUCGUGGGUUCGAUUCCCACGGCGGGCAGCACUUUUUCA